UAAUAAUAAGAGAAGAUCUGCAUGGCCUGCUCAAUCAAGCCCUCAAUGGCCCACUGAUCAGAUGUUAAAGAUUUCCAUAAUUGAUUCGAAUUUGGAAUCAUCUGAUUGGAGUUUCAUAUUUGCUCAUACCAAAACAAAUUAUAUAAAUACGUAAAACAGUAUAUUGCGCCGGCCAUGGAGUUGUCACUAAGUUAAUAGCCAUUAUUCAUUUACAGAAUAUUGUGCCGGCCGGCCAUGGAGCUCUCUCUCUAUAUGUACAUGUAGUCUAAUUUAUUUAUUUUUCCCUAAUGAAGCACAAGCAUAAUUAUUGGCUUUCAAAGAGUAUAGUCUACUUUGAUCUAGUUUGAGAGAGUUGUAGAAAUUAAGGGAGAUUAAUGGAGGAGUACUACUCAGUUGAAGGUGAAGAAGAGUUGGUGAUUGGCCAAGCAGAAGUAUGGCAACUCAUGCAUGGAUAUGUAGAUUCUAUGGUAAUCAAGCGCGCUGUUGAGCUUGGAAUUCCUGACAUCAUACACAGAAAUGGAGGCCCAAUUUCCUUGUCUCAAUUGGCUUCAGGAAUUGAUGCACCUCGUGUGGACUCUGCCUACCUUGUCCGCAUAAUGAGAUACCUAGUGAGAAGACAAGUUUUUAAUGAACAUAAUCAGCAUGGAAAGAUUGGCGAAGAGACUCUCUAUGGUUUGACUCGCAAGUCAAGAUGGUUGUUAACUGAUUUGGACACAAAUCUUAACCCAAUGGUGUUAUUACAAAGACCAUCACCACUCCCUUCUUCUCCUGGUGGGUUUGUAAAAGAAGGUGGACCAUGGGACUUUGCCUCUCAGAACCCUCAACUCAACAAUGUUUACAACCAUGCCAUGUCAUGCACUGCCAAGCUCUUCAUGAAAGCAUUGCUUCCCCAAUACAGAGAUGGAUUUAGUGAAAGCAUCAAAACAUUGGUGGAUGUUGGGGGUGGCACUGGAACAGCAUUAGCUGAGAUUGUGAAAGUUCAUCCCCACAUCAACGGCAUCAAUUUGGAUCUUCCUCAUGUUGUUGCCACAGCACCGGACCACGCUGGUGUCAAGCAUGUUGAGGGUGACAUGUUUGAGGACAUACCCAAAGCUGAUGCAGUUCUCAUGCAGAGGGUGUUGCAUAGUUGGGGAGACGAUUACUGCGUGAAGAUUUUGAGGAAUUGCAGAAAAGCCAUGCCGGAGAAAGGGGGGAAGCUUAUUUUGGUGGAAAUAGUUUUGAAAGAUGAUGGGAGUGGGAGUUUUGGUGAUGUGGGGUUGAUUUUUGAUAUGUUGAUGCUUUUCUACACCUUGAAUGGAAGGGAGAGGACUGAAGCUGAAUGGAAGGCAGUGUUGGAAAAAGGAGGGUUUCCUCGUUACAAAAUUAUUGAAAUUCCAGCCUUAGUUUCGGUCAUCGAGGCUUAUCCAGAGUGAAAUAACAACCUAUCUACCUACAAAACUCUUGUUAUAGUGUGAUUUUGAUGUUGUGUUAAAAAUUGGGGCUCCGAUCCGUACUUAUGUCAUGUUGUUAGUAGUAGUUGUUGGGAAAAAUAAUCAUGGAUUCCUGCUUGCUGCCUAUAUUAUGUUUUUAAUCUUUUACGGGAAUAAAUUGUAACCUUGAUCAGGCGGAAAGUCAUAGGGUUUGUUCA